AGUUCAGCUCAGUCGAAGCAGGAGCAAGGAGAGGGCAGAAAGCGGAGGGAUCGCUCUCGGGUUUUAUUAUGCUCAAUUUGACCAGUAUUUGCCAAUCUAACCGGUCGGACUCAUGGUGAAGAGGAAGAAGACGUCGCCUACUAGCGAAGAGCACGAAAAUGGCAUGACGCUGGGCUCCAGGGAGGGGAUCGGUGUCGAUGGAGGGAGGAAUCCGUCCAGAAAGCCCGACGAGGAGGAGGAGGAGAGCGGAGAGCAGGCGAGCGAGGAGCGCAGUACAAAGGAGGGAGACGACGGAGUGGAAAGUCUUAAUCCAUCAACAGCGGCUCUCAGCCCCGGUUCGGCUCCGGUUCUGCCCGCUUCUCCGCCGAACCGAGCCGGGCUUGGCUCGACCCAGCAGCUCCAGACCUCGGCGGAGUCCACCCCUCCGUGUCACGACCAGCAUCAUUUUCUCCGAUCAAGCGUUCGACCUCCGAGCAAGCGCAUCCGGAAGGAUUCAAUCGGCUCCACCAUCAAUGGACACGGAGGAGCCAAAUCUAAAGGGGCGGAGAACGGCUCUUCCUCCCAGGGGACAGUGGGACAGUCGGGGCCAGUGGCCGGCUCCACGGGGGGAGUGUCGAAGGCCUCCAAGGGCCAAGGGUCUGCUGAGAAGGAGGAGCAAGCUGGCAACCAGAAGAGGGCCCGUCGGCAGUGGGAGUCCUGGAGCACGGAGGACAAAAACAGCUUCUUUGAGGGGCUCUACGAGCAUGGGAAGGAUUUCGAGGCUAUCCAGAACAACAUCGCGAUGAAGUACAAGAAAAGAGGCAAGCCGGCCAACAUGGUGAAGAACAAGGAGCAGGUCCGCCAUUUUUACUACCGGACGUGGCACAAGAUCUCCAAACACAUUGACUUUGCCAAUGCGUACUCCAGAGUGCUGAAGAAAUCCUCUCAAGAACUGUACGGCCUCAUCUGCUACGCCGAGCUCCGCAAAAAAAUCGGAGGGUUAAUGGAUGAUAAGAACGUGUCAAAGCUGAACGAACUAAUCCAGCAAGGGGCCACCACCGUGCGCUCCAAAGGGAGGAACCUGCGAAUCAAAGCACCCAUGUGCCGAGCUCUGAAGAAACUUUGUGACCCAGAUGGAGUGAGCGACGAGGAGGACCAGAAGCCGGUGCGUCUGCCCCUGAAGGUGGCAGUGGAGCUCCAACCACGCAGUAACCACUCCUGGUCCCGCGUUCAGAGUCUAGCCCACAACCCUCGCCUCAGGAUGGUGGUGGAGCUCCACAGGAAAGUCUCCAGCCUCAUUGAGUAUCUGAAACAGAAGUGGGCGUACCACGACCAGCGGAUUCUCAAGAGUCUGAUGGAGAGGGAGGCCCUGGAACGCGGCCAGUCCGGCUCAGCCUCUCCCAGCAAAUCCCAGCAGGAGGAGCUCUUUCUUUUCCCCGCUGAGAGCAGCACUUUGACCACGCUGCCUGGUGUGGCACGCGUCGUUCACUCCAAGGCCUCCUGCACUGUACACUGGCUGGAAAGUGGCAAGAACCGGCCCAACGCUAAGGAAUUGCCAGCUGCCCAGAUUCUGGGUAUUCACACGGCUCCACCACUUCGGACUGGCACUAAAUCUGGAAGGGGAGGCGCCGCUGCUGGUGGCACUUCAGUGACUGUAUUGGGUGAUAGUCGACGGACUGAACCCCUUAACCCUGAGCCUUCACAAGACUGUUCUACAAAGGUAGAAGAGAAGAGACCUCUGUCGGUUUCUAUCCCUGCUUCCUCUCAGCAGACUGUGGCUCCUAGGGAAGAGGGAACUGGGAUGGGACCCUCUGAUGGGGGAAAGACCUGUACUGGUGUGGAGGCCAGUAGUAGUUUAACAAUGACCAAAAGCAUGGAGAGGUUGUGUAGUGGUACAGAAAGCUCAUCGGAGCAGUGCAAUGAGGAGCAGAACACCAGCACCUCUUCCCCAGAGGCUAACCAGACUCCUCCAGCCAAACCUCCAAUGAGCGGCUCAGAGGAGGGGAUGUCGCAGGGCUCGGCACUGGCAGGCAAAGAACGGGCUGUCGAGCAGAUCCGAGGGGAGGGCUGGAGUGCCCGUGACGCAGAGAACGUCACCCUGGCUGAGCUCUACCUGAUGUUUGGGAAGCCUGGCAAGCUGCAGCUGGAGUACGAGUGGCAGCCAAUCGCGGUUCCUUUCCUCAACCAAGAAGACGGACAAGCCUUGGCACAGCUCAAGCCCAACAGGACACAGCGCGUUUUACGCUGCCUGCUCAAGCUGGUCGCCACUGAGGUCAAUCCUAAACCUUUGGCUCCAGAGCUGUGCUCCACAGCUCCAUCGCCACUCAAGACCCAUCAAGAGGAGCAAAACCAGGCCCUCACACCUCCGGGGAAGGGUCCCACAGCAGGUGUUCGCAGCCCCAACUGUGGCCGGCAGCAGGCCUCUGUCCGAGGGGCCCGGUUACACCUGCCAGCUGCUGGAGUCCCAGGUGGACGCAACCUCCCCCGCUCUCUGCUGGGGUCGACGGCGGGCAGUGAAGCAGAAAGCAGCGUGUUUGCAGUGCCCACCACGCUGCCCCCCAACAGCUCGCGGCACAACCGAAUGUUUUCCCCCAACAAGGAAGCAGAGCUCGCCCUCAAACAGCAGCUCGACUCUAUCAGUAUGCAGUCCGAUCUUUUCCUUGCAAGACAAAGAAAACCUCGAAACAGACAACUCCGGAAACCACUUGUAGUUCAGCGAACACUCCUACCCCGAACUACAGGAGAUACUCCUCAGCACGUCUGCUCCUUCUCCAUCCUCUCCAACUCCUCUGCCACAGGAACUGGAUCUUUCCGGCCAAUCCACGCUCGCCUUGCUCCUUCCUCCCGCCCCCUCCUGUCCAAAGCGUCCCCUGCAGCGUCCAGCUCUGCAGCGUCCAGCCAGCUCUCCAGUGCCAUCGACCUGGCAGCUAAGACUGCAGGUAUCAUCCCUGGCAGUCCCCGUCGGGAGCUGAAUUCUCCCGCUGUCGAUAACAACACCCUCCUCGCCACCACGCCCAUCGAUGAUGCUGAACCAGACUCUCAACUCCUCCAGCACAACGUCCCAGAGAAUGGUCAGCCUCCACCGUCUCCUGGAGUGACCGGCGGCGGGGACUCCCUCCUCUCUCCACCCAGCGUAGCCUCGCUCCUGGACAUCUCUCUCCCCGGCCCCCCCGAAGAGGCUCUAGCCCCCGGAGAAACUCAGACGCACAUCAGUGACUCCAUCAUCGAGCUCGCCAUCAACUCUGCCCACUACGGCGAGGAGGCCGCUCUCUCUCCAGCCAAGCUGAGCAACAACGACGGCUCCAAACUGUUGACCUCGUCUCCCUCGGUCAGCCCGUCCAGAGGAUGGAUCCCAUCGCCCAGCCACGACCCCCAGUGGUACCCCAGCGACUCAUCGGACUCUACGCUGGGAUGCCUCCUCUCCAGCAUGGUCUCUCCUGAUAAGGGCAAGCGGACCACCCUAACCCCGUCUGGCCCCUCCAGUGGCACUGCUUUGCUUGGUCCUAGCCUGCUGGACUGCAACUCCCAUGAUUCCUUUCAGUCCCGUGGCCUUCCUGAUGUCGCAGAAAUGGACUCUCAGCUUGCUUGUAUGAUGAGCGAGAGCAGCGUGGACUACAUUGCUCGCUUCAAUGACCUGGCUCAGGAGCUGGCUGUGACCGAGCCCUCCAUCCAUCCACCCUGAGGUUAGAGAGGACCUGGCUCCAACGACCCAACGGCCAUCUGGAGGACAUGAGUCUGAGACUGUCGCCACGCCGUCCCUUCUACUUUGGAGAAAAGAUGGCUGUAGAGAAAAGACCGAACCCCCCCUCCCCUGCCCCGUUUGUAAAAGUGCAAUAAUAACAGUGGACCUUUGACCAUUGUUCAACACGAGUUAGAAACUCGUUGGUUUCACUGAACUGUUCUUUAAGUUGAAAUGCCCUUUAAAAGAAACAAACACUUUAGAAAAACAAAUGCGUUUACAAAACACAACCUCAUGUACAGGAAAAUACUAUGCCAUAUCUGAACAAAAAUAUUUUCACUGAUCUUUUAAUGUCUCUUCCUGCUCUUUGUGUGUUUGUCCGUCUUCUGCUCUCUCAGAUUAACCCCACAAAAUGUGUAAAUCCGUCAAAAUGUGCAGUUCAGAUCCCAGCUGGUGGCAAAAAAACAGCAGAUUUUUUUGAAAGGGAUGGCAGUGAGAAAGAGGUUGAAUGUGGUGGGACUUCUAUUCAGUUGUUAUUGUGGCCUCAGUUGCAAAAGUAGAGAUAACAUAACACAGCAGGGCAGGUAGAAGUAAUCCUCCGAUACUGCCCGACAUUUCAUGUGCUCUUUUAUCAGUUCAGGUUGCAUUUUAAGAACAUAGCCUGCCGCAUGUGUUUGGAAUCAGGUUUGUCAUUUCUUACGGUCAAAUGUUACAUGCAAAAAUGGCAGCUUUUGUUGGUUGACUUCAUUGCUACCUUUGAAGCUUGUGCUGAAAUCACAUCGGAGUUCAAUGUCCGUCGCCAGUAGCUUCAUGCAACUUUCAUCACUUCUAAUAUGUUGAGAUGAUGAUACAGAUUGUCUUCAGGUUGGCUUGUUGUUGCAUCAACAGGUCGACAUAUUGUUUUAUUUUAAAUAACCAUGUCGCAGCAGUUGGGAAUGUUUUCACUCAACUACUACGACAAAUAACAUUUACUUUGGCUCUCUUGCUUGUGUCUCAUUCGUUCAAACAAAGAAGCGAGUUGAGCCGUUUUCAGUCGAAGACUAAACAGAGGCACUCUUAACCCAUAAUGUGAUCAACCGCGUAUUCAUUAUCAUCGACAGACUGAAAUUAAAACCGUUAUGGGUACCAUUUAAAGUUCCCAUUAGUGUUACGCUCCGUUUCAACUCCGCGAGAGCGAGUAGUUGGAAGUAUCUAAGGAACUCAAACACUAAAGCCAUAGUUGACGCUCCACUUAUUUUAAGCUUUUUUAAAUCGUGUUCUUUAAUCACUAGUAAAACCUGAGUGGUUGUGCGCAAAACAUUAAUUCCCCAUUGACUUGUACUGAUACCGGAUGCUAACAAAACACUAUGGCUAAUGUCAACAUGACUCUAAACAUGUUCACCAUCCCUUUAACAUCAGCCAACACUCCGUGUGGGGAAGUUAAAGGGAAAUUAAUGUUUUAAGUACUUUCCCAAUUUAGUAGUUUCAUCAUUGCGAUGUAGUUAUUCAAAGCAAAUACAGUCCAGACUUAUCGCAUCCUGAUUUUUUCUACGAAUUUCAAUUAACCAGCAUCAUCAAUAUGCAGUAUUGUGAACAUUUUGUCUCAUCAACAUGUUUAACUUCAUCUCUGUGUGUAAAUUGUCAGAGAGCUCUUGUCGUCAUUCCACAAAUGGGAUUUUAAAGGUUCGCCUCCUUCAAGCACCUUGAGGGCUUUGACUCUACGAUGUAAAAGCUCUUGUGACGUUUAUUCAUUUGUGAAAAGGCUUCAUCUUCUCACACUAGAUACAAUGAAGAGGAGUCUUAAUGAGGAAUAAACGACAGGUUCGUCUUUGAAUCUGGCUUUUUUUGUUUUUGUUUUUUGUUGGAAGGAUUUAUUUGUACAAAUGUCAAUUCCAGUAUUCAGCGCUUUUGUAACAUAACGUAAAUUGUUAUUUGGACUAUUUAUUGUUAACAUUUCAGAAAACAAUUUUUUUUUGUUUUUGUUUAAGUUAAUAUUAAGAAAGGAAAAACCUGUUUAAAGUUUUCAGUUUGUAAAGGUGUUUUUAUUCUGUGUAUAAAGAUAGUUAUAAAAA